AUGACGACCACCACCUCUUCCGCAGAACCCAUCCCCGUCAUCCCCCUAACCACGCCUCCAGACCCGACCCUCCUCUCCCAACUCGUCACCCUCCACCAACAAUCCAUCCUCCACGACCACGCCCUGAUGCGCUUCCACCCGCCCUUCACCCCCGCCAAGACCACCACCAUGACCACCUGGUGGCGCCACCGCCUCUCCGACGCCGGCCACCCCUCCCACCACGUCUUCCUCGCCUUCUCCCCUCCCACAGCCGUGCCCCUCCUUACCUCCGGCGCGCCCACAUCUCCUCCGCCGACCCUCGUCGGCGUCGUCGAACUCCUCACGCCCGCCAGCGACACCGGCCACUUCCGCGCCGAGGUGGAGAUGUUGAUGGUGGCGCCCGGCUGGAGGGGACGGGGACUGGCGAGGCGGUUGAUGGCGGAGGUGGAGGGGCGGGCGAGGGAGGUGGGGAGGUCGUUGCUGGUGCUGAGCACGACGAGGGAGAGUGAGGCGGAUCGGUAUCUGUAUCCCAGGCUGGGGUAUGUGGCGUUUGGGGUGCUGCCGGAGUAUGGGGAGAGGCCGGAUGGGAGUGGGGAGAGGGUCGAUGGGGUGUAUUAUUAUAAGGAUUUGAGGACGUGGAGGGAGCGGGAGGGGAGUGCAAGUUGA